AUAUUUUUUACGGUACAAAUCGGAAUUUUAAUUAGUUGAAAAUUGCUAAUAAAACCGAAUAAUGUCACUAGCGAAAAUAUUUUCACUGUCUUCAAGAGUGCGUGCUGCAGGAGCCAAUACUGUUCUUGUACGCUAUGCAAGCUCAGGAAAAGAAGGACAAGUAGAAAAAGUGUAUCCACCAAAUAUUCCUGGCUACAAGUAUGUUAAUGCUGUAGAUCCUAUCAUGGCUUUCAAGGAGAUGUCUGAUAGAGCAGCUCAGACUAUAUUUUGGACUGAGCUGGCAAGAGGAUUUGCUGUAACACUGGCCCAUAUUUUCAAGGAGCCUGCAACUAUCAACUACCCCUUUGAGAAAGGGCCACUUUCCCCUCGUUUCAGAGGCGAGCAUGCCCUCCGUCGAUACCCAUCUGGUGAAGAAAGGUGCAUUGCCUGUAAACUAUGUGAAGCCAUCUGUCCAGCACAGGCCAUCACCAUUGAAGCUGAAGAACGUAAAGAUGGUUCCAGAAGGACAACGCGUUACGACAUUGAUAUGACUAAGUGCAUUUACUGUGGAUUCUGUCAGGAGGCUUGCCCUGUCGACGCGAUUGUCGAAGGUCCCAACUUCGAGUUCUCUACUGAAACUCACGAAGAACUACUGUACAAUAAAGAGAAAUUGCUUUCCAACGGUGACAAAUGGGAGAGCGAAAUUGCAUCUAAUAUCAGAGCGGAUCACCUCUAUCGCUAGAAAUUACCCUGUUAGUGUAAAUUAGAAUACAAUUUAAGGCAUAUUCUGUAAGAAUGAGAAAAAUAUUGUGACCAAGGAAACUGUUUUAAAUAACUUUCAGAACAAACCUAAUAGAUUUUUGCAAAAUAAGCCUUAAAACUAGGAAUAAUAAUAAAUUAUGAUUGCUUUGUG